GCGAGAAUCAUCAAACUUUUAAGUCUAUGUUGAAAAAAAAACAAAUAAGUUAUUUACUAUACGUCAGUUGAAGUUGAAGAAAAACGAUGUUUCGUCCACUUGUCGUGUUCGCGUUAAUAUUUGAGAGUAUUGUUCUUGUAAAAUCAACAAGAGUUAUAAACAUCACUGUUAUGGCUCCUGGAAUAACUGCAAUAUACAAUAUAUUACAAGAUCUAAAACUGUCCGAGGAUGAAAUGGUAUACCAGCCGGACUACAGUGACUAUUCCGAGGGAGAUACAGGAGAAAACUACGUAAUGGGUGACUAUGACUAUCUAAGCGCUUGUACAAGUUACGAAACUUUGUAUGAACGAAUUCAAUGCUUUGAAAUGGGCUACAAUUUUUACCCGUGGUCGUAUCCGUUUAUAAAACCUGCCUUGGAUCUUGCAAUGGAGGAGAUUAAAGCCAGUGGCAUCGCAGGAGAAUUCGAUAUCCAGUUACAAUAUAGAGAUUGUAGUGGAGAACACGGGUAUGCGUCUUCAAGAGUUUCACAAAUUGCUUCCGUUGAUGCGAGGAUGGAAGAUAAAAUGGGAGUCAUGAUUGGACCAAUGAGCAGUUAUGCUACUUCACGAGUCGCCGCCUUCACAACACAUUGGAAUAUUUUACAUGUCAGCCCCAGAUCAAUUUCAUCCGGAUUGAGGAAAAAUGACCAUUUGAUCAACACACUGGUUCGAACUGGACCUGUAGCAACAGAAGUAGGAAAUUGCGUUUCCAGUGUUUUGCAAUACUAUGGAUGGCACAGAACUUGUGUUGAAGUUUUCGAGGACGACUUGAAGGAACGGCCCUACUAUUUUCUUGCCGAAGGGAUAUAUGAAGGAAUUUUGCAGAAUAGCAGUGAUCACAUUGUCGAUCAAAUCAGGCUUUCAGAAUUUCCCAGUGUGAAUCAGUCAACGUACAGCUACACUGAAGUACUGAUGAGCGUCAGAGAAUUUGGAAGAAUCAUCGUACUAAGCGCCGCUGAUCACGUGGUUCGCGAAUUUCUUCGUCAAGCUGACGAACACGAAUAUUCGAACAAAAAUUUUGCCUACGUCAUUAUUGACCUGGAAGACAAACUAGGACCAACACCUUGGAUGUGGACUGACCAUACGGGAACAUUUCAUAACGAUUCUGCUGUGCGAAGAGGCCUAGAAUCCUCCCUUAUUAUUCGUCUACAAAAAGAGGAAAGUAAAGAGUACGAGCAUUUCGUGAAAGAGAUUGUAUCCAGACUUGGAAAAAACAUGAUGAUUGAAAACGAAGACGAAGAUAUUGUUGAACUCACAGUGAAGGCGAUAGCAGAUCAGGCGAGAUAUCAAACAUCCACGAUAUCGGAGUAUUUUCAGAAAAACCUGUACCCGGCUAUUUUUCACGAUACUUUGCUAAUGGUUGCCGACAUUUUAAACAAGAGUAUUGAUGAUGUCAUUACUGCGAGAUUUGGUGAGGUUGGUAGAGGAGGAUACACUGAAGAUAUGAUAGCGCAAGCUAUGUCGUUUGCGCUCAAUGGAACUAGACUCAUGGAAAAUUAUAUAGCGGGGAAAUCGUUCAAAGGUGUGACAGGGAAAAUGUCGAUGAACAAUAACGGAGACAGAAAAAUUGAUUUUGAUAUUUUAGAUUUGGAUCCAGUUCAGGGACAAUUUGUCGUCGUUGGUGAGUACAACUCAGACACCGAAUUCUACAGAGAACUACCAAAAAUGGCGGCACAUUGGCCUUCCGGUACCCCACCUCCGGAUGUACCAGUUUGUGGAUUUUCGGGUGGAAAGUGCAAGAAGCAAAGACUGACAGUGACGGAAGCGGUCGUGAUUUCCGUUGUAUCUUUAGCUGCAGUGGUCGCAAUAGUUUCUAUCAAUGCCUACAGAAAAUACAAACUGACCAAAGAAUUACAAAGUCAGUUGUGGAGGGUACUCUGGUGCGACAUCACAUGGGUAAACGACGGAACAUCAAAUAUGGCAAACGGACCUACACCAGGAGUGUUUGGGGGCGGUGCAGACUACAGAGUUACACCUCAAACUCCAAGAAGAAACAACACCAUCGAUUUUGCUGGAAGCGAUUUGUCUUUAGCAGAGGUGAUGUCUUUUGCUGUGCCUCCUUUGACUCCUACUGUUUCAUCUAAGCGAAAUCACAGGCGUCCUAAAAAGUUCCGUUCACGAAAAUGGAGCAAUAGAGUGGACGAUGCUGAGCAAAGAAAAACCAGUUCCGGAUCAUUGAUCAGUGACCGUACAGGUGGAACUUGCACCACUCUCGGAAUGUACAAGGGAAAACUAGUGAUGAUCAAACUCACUAAUAGAAAGAAAGUGGAGCUUACAAGAAGUUUACAAAUGGAACUUAAACACAUGCGAGACAUCACUCACGACCAUUUGACUCGAUUUGAGGGAGCAUGUGUUGAUCCACCUCGUAUAUGUGUUUUGACCGAAUAUUGUCCAAAAGGAAGUUUGCGAGAUAUUCUGUUGAACGAUGAAAUUCAACUCGAUUGGAUGUUCCGAUAUUCACUCAUGAACGAUGUUGUAAAAGGAAUGAGCUUUUUGCACGGAAGCGCUAUUCAUUCACACGGAAAUCUAAAGUCUACAAAUUGUGUUGUUGAUUCAAGAUUCGUUCUCAAAAUUACUGAUUACGGGCUGGCAUCUUUCCGUUCCGUACCAUGUUACGAAGACUUUGACCAAUUUUAUGCAAAACAAUUAUGGACCGCGCCCGAGCUUCUAAGAAUGGCUUCAGCACCACCUAGUGGAACUCAGAAAGGCGACGUUUACAGCUUCGGGGUUAUUUUGCACGAGAUUGCACUUCGAAAGGGUACUUUUUAUGUUGAAGGAAUGCAACUUUCGGCUAAAGAGAUAUUCACUAAAGUGCGUAAUGGAUACUAUCCUUACUUUCGACCGUCUGUGGACUUCGAUGCACUCAGUGAAGGAUUUUGUCAUUUACUACAACGCUGUUGGAGUGAAGACCCGGCUGAAAGACCUGACUUUACAGAAUCAAAAGAAAUAAUAAAGCGAUUCAACAAGGGAAAUCCAGGAAAUUUGCUGGACAGUUUGUUAUCGAGAAUGGAACAGUAUGCCACCAACUUGGAAGGAUUGGUCGAAGAAAGAACAGCUGCUUACUUAGAAGAAAAGAGGAAAGCAGAUGAUCUGUUAUAUCAGAUGCUUCCAGUUCCAGUUGUUCAUCGAUUGAAGCGAGGAGAUGCUGUACCAGCCGAAGCAUACGAAAGCGUCACCAUUUUUUUCUCCGAUAUUGUCGGAUUCACUCAAUUAUCAGCUACAUCUACACCAAUGCAAGUCGUAGACAUGUUGAACGAUUUGUACACUUGCUUCGAUGCUAUCAUUGAUAAUUUUGAUGUUUAUAAGGUCGAAACCAUUGGAGAUGCUUACAUGCUUGUCUCUGGUUUACCCGAGCGCAAUGGAAUCAGGCAUGCCGCAGAAAUAGCAAGAACUUCGUUGGCACUCUUGAGCGCGGUCAACAGUUUUAAAAUACGCCAUAGAAACGGGGAACAAAUCAAAUUAAGAAUUGGCAUACAUUCAGGACCAUGCUGCGCUGGCGUCGUUGGUUUGAAGAUGCCAAGAUACUGCUUAUUUGGAGACACAGUGAACACUGCUUCAAGGAUGGAGUCGAAUGGACUACCAUUGUUGAUCCAUGUUUCACAAUCGACGAAAAAUCUGCUGGACAGAUUCGGAUCCUUUCAUCUGGAACUUCGAGGAGAAAUAGAACUGAAGGGGAAAGGGAAAACAACAACGUAUUGGCUUUUGGGCGAAAAUCCGUUAGUAAUAGAAGAGAUUUCAGCAGAAGAGAAUGAGAGUCAAGUAUGAAUAAUAACCUCGAAUUGGGAUAUGUACAAAACGUAGGUUGCUGGUAUUAAGUCUGGUAACAACGUAGAAGGUCAAAAUAAAUUUAUGACAAAGGAGAGUUGCGAUAUGUGAAAAAUAUAACGCGUAUCUCUGCAAAAAAUAUUCAGCACGCUUCCUGGCAAGAUGUAAACUGUAAAGAAUCACAGUUAUUAAUGCUCACUGGCCGAAAGGUAAAAAUAAAAUGGACCCAGCCAACUUUGCAAAGAGUUUUUGCAAAUCAAGUUCCAGUUUUACUAUGACUCACUGUAAUUGACCAAUUAAAAACUAUUUAUAUUAGCUAUUUUUCAAAAUGAUGAUUUGUGUUUUAUCAUUCAUUGAUCGGUGAAAAUGUCCAUUGCAAUAAAAAAUGGCAAUCAGCUGAGCGCUGCUACAGUUCUGACAAUUGUUACUAUUAUUACGCAAUAAUGUGGAGUCACUGACACACAAACAUGAAUAAUACCAUUUGACAUUAUGUACGUAUCGCACUUGGUAAUAUUGGAAUCAACUUAAACGACUUUCGAUAGUUUUAUAUGUGAGACCAAACAGUUUUUUAAUAUUUCUAUGUUUAAUAUGAAAAAGGUAUAUGCAGGUACACGUUUUCAGACGCGGCAUGCCUGUUGGAAUCCAAGAAUAAAAGCAUGACCCCGCGACAAGUAAGCCCAAAUAAUAUCGUGUGUUAGGCUAUCUGCCGUACAGAACCGUUGACUUACGUUUGUUUCAAUUCCAAAUCCGAAUCGAUUUGAAUUUUGAUUUCAAUGUGUCUUGUAUUGCUCAUAGUUAUAUAUUGGUAAGCAGAAAAUGAUAGAAUCAAAAAAAAAAACGAAUAAUAUGUGUCACUGAUUUGCAAUUGCCGAGAAUUGUUAUUCAAUGUGCUUAGUUCAAGUAACGCAAUGCAAUUACUGCAUAAUACUUACUGUUUGUCGUAAUUUCUUUCAAUAUAUCCAUGACAUUCUGCUUUUUUAAUAUAUGUGUUUUGCAAAUUAAAUUUAUUAUUAAAUCUCUGCACUUCAUAUCGUUUGUACGAUAUUCGUACCUGUUUUCAAUUGCGAAUAUAUCCCGUUUCCUAUAUUAUGUACUUUUUCAUGAAAAUCAAUUUGCUUUCUUAUAUUUUCUUUCAUUAGUUAAAUUUUUACGUUUCGUUUUAAAUAGAAAUCUAACAAGACAAGCAUAUAC